GAAUGCAUCACUUAGCUCACGGCAGUUGUUCCUACAACAAGUAAAGCAAGUUCCAUCGGGUAUCCUCACCAUCAAUCAAUUUCGUUCAAAAUGCAGAAGCUUCUACUCGUAUCGUUGGCACUGGUUGGUGUUGCCCUGGCCUACGAACACCAUGGCUUUGUCAGCGAAGUCAAGCACAUUCCGUACAAGUACUACGGUGGCGGAAUUGGCGGUGGACAGGGUGGAUUCGAAGAGGGCAUCGGAGGCGGUUUUGGAGGUGGUAUUGGCGGUGGUUCUGAGGGUGGCUACGAGGGUAAGGACUACUAUGCCUACCCGAAGUACAAGUUCGAGUACGGAGUUAAGGACUACCACACCGGUGAUCACAAGAGCCAGUGGGAAGUUCGGGAUGGAGAUGUCGUGAAGGGCGAAUACACCCUGCAGGAACCGGACGGUUCGAUGCGCGUUGUGAAGUAUCACGCCGAUAGCAAGAACGGAUUUGAGGCCAUCGUCAAAAACAUCGGCAAAGGUUACCAGGGUGGUUUCGAACAGGGUGGUCAGUAAGAUGUUCUGAGUCACAUCCACAGAUCUCGAGAUUUCCGAUUUCAUUUCAGUUCCUUUGAUCUGACCCAAGCAUACGCCAAAGACUUUUCACAACCCCGUCCAUAUCUUGUCAUAAUAAGCCUGUGCUAUUCCUACAUAAAAAAUGAAUGAAUGAAUGAAAAAACAAAACUAUUCCGACCAUUUUGAACGAUAAGCAACGUCGUCAUCAUCCGAACAUAGUGCAGCAGUUUCAUAACGCUUCACCAGAAUCAAACCGCAAUCAAUGUCAAAUAAUUAUUUCGCAACUACCUUUUCCACCCACCACAUCUGAUACACGAAAGAACAUUUUUGGUACAGGACUACCUUUGUAACGUGCAGUAUUCAACGAAAUCUUCAUGUCCAAUAAAUUCACUGCACAAAAACGUGCUUAUUUUAAAUCCCUCUCCGUACUCGGUCACCAUUAGCAGCAAGUGACGGGGAUUAGUCGAACCAGUAUGCAAUGUGCUUUUGCCUAAAUUUGCCUUUCAUACCACCGACACGUGGAGUUAGCUGGUUACCACGUAUAUUUCUAUUACUAUAAUUUCAACUAAUCUUCUAACUACAUCCCAGACCACGUACCGAGCGUCAUUUACAGGGAUGCAAUAUUGUACGAACCACUC